AGAAUAGUACAUGAGAUUAUAGGCUAUAAAGCAUAUUGGUUGAACCAGAACAUCUUCAAUUUUUAAAAAGUGAAACAAAGUAUCGACCAAUACGGAUGAAAUUCAAAAUCCAAGAAAUCAACUUAUGGAGCAAUGAGCAGUCUAACAUAUUCUGCACCAGAAGCUUUUAGCGAAUAAAUCAAGAUGCUACAUAUAAUCCUACAAUACAUAGAGGCUAUUAAUCGAUAAAUAUAGAAUCAACUUGGGGAAUUCAAUAGACUCUUUCCCAUGUUAUUUCAAUUAAGAUCAUCCUAAUAGCUUCCCUUUCUGUAGUCGGAAAAAGUGAAGGAAAGGACGUAUAAUUGAAACGAUCAACAUUAAAAAGAAGAGUUUAAAAAAGCUAUCACUCGAUAUUGAUGAUUUUAGGAACUAGCAGUGAGGACUUCAUCAACUAUACAACCAGUUCGCUCGAAUGUCCCAGUGCAAAAAAGACAAUAUAUUUUUCAAUGUAAUCUAGUACCUAAAUCAAACUUCUUGAAUUUCAAUUUUUGGUUUCCGUUUCCCAUGAAUAUUCAAAUUCAAUUGCUGUUUUCCGAAGUAAAACCCUUCUUCUCAUGAGUCUCAUACUGCUUCCAGCUUUGAAAAUUCAUUUCGAAGUAAGUAAAUAUAUUCCUAGUUUUCUAAUUUUCUCAAGGAUUCAUAACUUCAAGUCAUUGCUAAGGAAGAACAAUCGAUAACUACUUUUAACAUUUGAAGAAAGCAAAUAUGAGCCAAAAGCGAUAAAAACAACAAAGUAUGGAUGUAAAAAUAACGAUAAAUUAAUUAAGACAUCUCUCCUCGUCUUUACUUGUAAGAAGGAAAUAAUAUGUUAGGUGCCUAAAUUUCUACUACCUUACGCUGUCCGAUCAAGUCACCCAUAAUAAAUAACAAACAGUGAAAGCACUUCUAAAGGAAAAGGCUACUUACUUGGCUUUUUUCAUUUAAAUAUAAUUAUUUAUUUGUCCUUUCUUUGGAGUCAUGCACAAUUUUGAUCAUGCGUCGAGCAUAACACUGGGCGACUGUCUUGGAAAAGGGGCUUUUGGAGCUGUUUAUCGAGGAUUAAAUAUAAAAAAUGGAGAAACUGUGGCCGUAAAACGCAUAAAGGUGUCCAAAAUUAUGAAAAUGGAUCUUUCCGUCAUAAAAAUGGAAAUUGAUUUAUUAAAAAAUUUGGAUCACCCAAAUAUUGUGAAAUACAGAGGUUCCUAUCAAUUUGAUGAUUCUCUUUGUAUUGUUUUAGAAUAUUGUGAGAAUGGGUCGUUGCAUUCAAUAUGCAAGAAUUUUGGAAAGAUACCUGAAAAUUUAGUUGCCAUAUAUACAUACCAGGUUUUACAGGGAUUACAUUACUUGCAUAACCAGGGUGUUAUUCAUCGCGAUAUCAAAGGUGCAAAUAUACUGACCACAAAAGAUGGGACUAUCAAGCUCGCGGAUUUUGGAGUUGCAACGAAAAUGAAUGCUUUAGACGAACAUAGUGUCGUCGGUAGUCCGUAUUGGAUGGCACCCGAAGUCAUUGAAUUAAUCGGUGCAACAACUUCUUCUGAUAUUUGGAGUGUUGGAUGCACAGUUAUAGAAUUGUUGGAGGGAACUCCACCCUAUUAUGAUUUAGAUCCAACAGCAGCUCUAUUCCAUAUGGUCAAGGAUGAACAUCCUCCUUUUCCUUCAAACAUUUCAUUAUCGGCAAAGAACUUUUUAGCUCAAUGCUUUCAAAAGGACCCAAAUCUUCGAAUUGGAACUAAGAAACUACUCAAACAUCAGUGGGUUACUGCUCAUCAAGCGUCCACCAAAUUUACAGAUGCUAUUGAUGAAGUCCAAAAAUAUAACGAACGAGUCAAUGAAGACAACAUGAAUUUUAUAAACGAAACGACUGUACAUAACAUUAAUCCAACUCUGCAUUCAGAUAAGCAGUCCUCUUAUCAUCCUCCUGAACCACCCAAAACACCUCCACCUGUUGAGACAGAAAGAUGUGAUGUUUGGGAUGAUGAAUUUCAGGGUACUCUGAAAAUCAACAAUGAUGUACUGAAGAAAUCUGAACAUUUCUUGAAUUUUUAUAAGGAUUUCAAAAGCAAAAAUACUAGUUCGAGCUCUACAAAUUCAUCCCCGUCCAAAAGCAAGAAAUCUAUUAGCGUCGACCAGGGAAGUGAAGUUGCAGAGUUGGUGCAGAAACGCUCGUCGCCAGAAAUAUUGACGCCGGCACUUAAUAGGUCCAUUGAUCUUCAGCAGACUCCAAAACAUCAUAGAUACCUCUCAAGUGAACUGAAAGAAAAUGUUCCCGAUGGUUUGGAGAAGUUUGUUGAAACCAAAAAGGAUAGUGAAUUUACUGAUGUAUUUCCUGCUUCAUCAAUAAAAAUUCAGGGCCUCCGUAAAGAAAAAGGUCUAGGAACGCUACUUUUAAAUAAAUCAUACAAUUCCUGGAACGAUGAGGAUGAAGAAACCGAUGAUGAUAAUGAACUUUUCGAUCACCUUGAUUCGGAGGCUGAAAGCUUAGACAUGGAGAACAAUAUUUUACUUGAUAAGCGAGUUCGACUAAUUUCUUAUUUGAAGGAGAUUUUAAAAGGAUUAAUUGAGAAAAAAUUGGAAGAAAGAUCUUCACUUGUAACCCAAAUAGCUUCAAUAUUAAGUGAAGACAUAAGUUUAAAGGAUGAAUUAGUGAAAGCACAUGGGAUGCUUCCUCUUAUUGAAACACUGAGCGAAGUUGAAGACAUGUCUUUACAAUUAUUAUUAUUGAAGCUCAUCAACACGAUUGUUUAUGAUAAUUAUUCCACGUUACACAGAUUUUGCUUUUCCGGUGGAUUAUCCGUUGUGUUGAAAUUCUCUCAAAGAUCCUAUCCAUGGGAUUUUCGCUAUGAAAGUGCUGUUUUUAUUCAGCAGAUGUAUAGAGCAUCAUCACUAUCCCUUCAAAUGUUUAUUGGUGUUUCAGGACUUCAUAUUCUAUUGUCUUUCUUAAAAGAAGACUACACGAAAAGUAAAGAUUUGGUUUUUGUGGGCGCGGAAGGAUUAUGGAAGUUGCUUAGACAACAGGAUUGUAUACCAAGAAAUGAUAUUUGUCGUAUAGUUGCACGUUCUCAAGUCUUAGAACCUAUGACAAAAAGCAUGCUUAAAGCUUUAGCUGCGGAUGACUCCUCUUCUCGACUUUGUUUGUCGAGAUUUUGUGAAAUAUUAUUAGCGCUAUCUCAGUCGGAAACUUACGUUAAGGAAGCUCUUUUGAGCGAGAACAUUAUUAGGAGAAACUUACGCAUUCUUUUGUAUCUACCUAUCGAAGAGAUGGUGACAAUGUUGCAAUAUGUAAAGCAGAUUUCUAUGGUGCCAUCGUCGAUAAACCUCUUCAGGAAAGUGCAUUUAAUUCCUCUUUUAACGCAUAUACUUGGAGAUCCGAAAUUAAAAGAUAACAGGAAAGAGAUACGGAAUGAAUCACUGGCUACCUUGUUCAACAUCUGCCGUCUAGAUAAGGUUUCGCAAGAAAAAGCAGUUAUUUCUGGAGCAAUACCAUUAUUACAGGAAACGGCUGUGAAAGACAAGAUAUUAAAGGAGUUUGCGUUACCGAUUUUAUUAACACUUCCACAGUGUAGUCCCAUAUGCAGACAGUACUUGUGGAAAAAUAGAGGACUUGAAUUCUUUCUUUCACUUUUGCAAGACUUAAAUUGGCAAUCAGCUGCUUUAGACGCUAUAUCUGCGUGGCUCCAAUACGAAUUUAAAGAGAUACAGCAUGCUCUUUUGGAAAAACGAUAUGUACACCUGAUACUUAAAGUAUUUUGUUCGGCCCAAUCAACUUCUUUUAAUCGCUUGUUAGAUGGGAUUAGUAGAAUAUGCCAACUUUCUCCUAAACUAGCAGCAAGUUACGGUCAGCCUCUAGUUUUCCAAAAACUAGGAGAUCGUUUGUUACACGGAAAGGCCAAACCAAUCACGCUAUUGAAUGCUUUUCAAAUGGUCAAAUGCAUGUGUGAAAGUAAUCCUUAUUGCAAAAUAUACAUAUCCCAAAAUGACUUACCUGAUUUAAUUCAUCACCAAAGCCGAACAAGUGAUUCCGUCUUGGUCCGGGAGUUGGCCAAGGAUCUUUUAAAGCAAGUGAAAGGCUCAUACAUCCAGGGUAACCCUUCUUUCUUAAAACCAGAUAUGCCUCCGCCAAAGCAAUCAUCUAAAGCAGCUGUAAACCGUUAAUACUACAAUUGAGCGAAUGAACUCAGGUUACAAUGUAAUUUGAAUUCUUUACUGGUGUCUCAAGUUUAAGGUAACGGAGGCCUUUGCAUUACUUUUGCAUCUUUUCCGUUAAUAUUACCCUUAAUAAUGUCUUAGUUAUGUUAAUGAAAUUUUUGACCCUCUUGA